AUGGUCCCCGUUGCACGGCCGGAUGGCCAUCCCAAUCUGAACUACAUCCCCGUCUCUCAGUCCAUGUCGGGAACAUCGACGGGAAGCAACUCGCCAAACGAGUUGACAGCUAAUCUAGUGAAAUCUCCUUUCGGCACCUCAAAUGGACUGGGAGGUUCCUCGGGAUCGAUUGGAAAUGCGCGUUUAGGGGCUGGAUCCCCAUCUCAUGAGCUCGGCGCUCGCCUCUUUUCGAAACGAGCCCGUGAAAUCCAGGCACAGGAAGGCGUCUCUCCAAGUAUCUGGGGCCCACCAACGAGCGGUCAUUCAACUCCACUUCGCGAGAAUAUCCCUGAGUCGCCAAGUCAAGAUGGGUUUCCUGAUCUUAUACCUCCACCGGAAUCGUCAAUGAACAGUCCCGGCCGGAGAGCGCGAGCCGGCACUGUCCCCUCUCGCUUCCCAGCUGUUGGUACGUACAACGGAAGCUCUCAACAACAGUCUCUUUUGUCCAAAUCAUCCAGACCAACGCCGUCCGUUAGCCCUUUCCGCCCACCGGGUUUGUCCGGCAUUGACGCGAGCGCUCCAACAACGAGCGUUGGUGUAGGAAGUAACCCAGCGGUUCUGUCUCGUCUGCGAGCUGGUUCAAUGCCGCAGCGUACGAAUAGUUACUUGGGCUCGUCUCCCUUUGGUGGGUCACUGUUCUCAACCAAUUGGUCUUCGGGGCGUGAGCGUGCGACAACGUUGGCUAGUAUUCGGUCUUCGGAAGGCCCAACCUCGCCUACUCAGUCCAAUUUCUCAGGAGGUGGUCUUGCCGACACCGAUGUGAAGACACUCGAUUAUCUAGGAUUGGCAGAGACUCCACAACAACCCGGAUCAUCCUAUGGGCCAUCUUCAGUUGAGGCUCUCCUCCAACAACAGCAGCAGCAAUCUUCUGCCCUGCCGCCACUUCUUGCAGAACUUGCUAUGAUGAAAAACAACAACCGGUUCAGGUCUUAUUCGGUCAAUGCGAAAGAGAAGUAUGCUGAGGAUGAUGAGGAAUACGGUGCAUCAUAUCCGCAGGUUCCUUCGGGCACCUUGACGCCAUCCGUCGCUGCAACUGCUGCUCAGCUUGCUGCUACCCAGGCUCAGAUCCAUCAGCACAAUCUCGCCGUUCAAGCAUUCGCCAACCAUGCUUCUGCAAGUCGUCCCCGUGCUCGAACUGCUGGCGUUCUUGAUACUCCACCGCAGCGCUCUUCAAUCCGUAGCUAUCUUGCCACCCCUUCUCGGUUGGAGAAUAGCAUCAGCGCCGCGGAUUUGCGUAUCGCAGAAGGAGGAGAGUUCGACGAACUUUCGGAAGCAGUUCAAUUGAUGCACCUGAGUGGUGCUGGUAGCGCAAACUUAGGUGUCAGGGCCCCUGCAGACAUGGCUGAUGAAAGCAGUAUCGAAGGUCCUACUCGAGCUCUCUGGAUCGGUAGCAUACCAGUGUCAACUACUGUCACGUCUUUGGAGGCAAUCUUCAGCAUGUACGGAAAGAUUGACUCUACACGAGUCCUGACUCAUAAAAAUUGUGGUUUCGUCAAUUUUGAGCGCCUUGAUAGUGCUAUGCAGGCUAAGAAUCUUCUCAAUGGCAAGGAAAUAUUUCCCGGUGCUGGGCCAGUCCGAAUUGGGUUUGCAAAAGUCCCAGGUGCUUCGGCUACCGGGACACCUGGGGCCAACGGCACACAACCUUCUCCCACGCCUGACCCAAGCGCCGCCUUAGGAGAACAUGAUGUACCUAGUUCUGAUAGACUCGGCGCAAACACUCCACAGGUCCCUCCCCUAGCCGAACUACAACCCGAGAUGGCAGAGAUUGUGCAGGAGUUUGGUGCAUCGGAUGAUGAGAUACACAACAUCACCUCCAGCGUGCAACGAGCGAUAUCUUUCCAAUCCUUUGAAGACGAAAUUCCCGCAGUCCCUGAGCCAAAUGCCACAAGGAUGCAUGAUGCACCCAAACUUCGAGACAUCCGGAAGAGGAUUGACAAUGGGCUCUGUUCAGUCCAGGAAAUCGAGGAGACCGCAAGCGGUAUGCUUCCAGAGAUAGCAGAGCUUUCAUCUGACUACCUUGGCAACACAGUCGUUCAGAAAUUGUUUGAAUUUUGUUCUGAGCAGACGAAAGAGCAAAUGCUAGCUCAAAUCUGCCCCCACCUUGCUGAAAUUGGCGUUCACAAAAACGGUACAUGGGCUGCUCAGAAAAUCAUAGAUGUGACGAAGUCGCCAAGUCAAAUGCAGAUGAUUGUAGAAAGCUUGCGACCUUAUACUAUCCCCUUGUUCCUCGAUCAAUAUGGCAAUUAUGUGCUUCAGUGCUGCUUACGAUUUGGUAGCCCACAUAACGACUUCAUCUUCGAAACUAUGCUCAGUAGAAUGUGGGAAGUUUCUCAAGGACGUUUCGGUGCCCGGGCUAUGCGUGCUUGCUUGGAAAGCCAUCAUGCUACGAAAGAUCAACAACGAAUGUUGGCGGCUGCCAUUGCACUACACAGCGUUCAGCUAGCCACAAAUGCUAACGGAGCUCUACUCCUCACUUGGUUCCUUGACACAUGCACCUUUCCACGCCGGAGGACUGUUCUCGCCCCACGACUUGUGCCUCAUUUAGCUCAUCUUUGUACCCAUAAGGUUGCUUAUUUGACCGUUUUGAAGGUCAUUAACCAACGAAAUGAACCUGAGGCUCGAGAAAUCGUUCUCAAGGCGCUAUUUUUCAGUCCCGGCGAUGAGGUGUUGGAGAAUAUACUCAGUGAUCCCACUUCAGGGGCUACCUUGAUCUUCAAAGUCCUCACAACUCCAUUCUUUGACGAAUCGAUGCGUUCCGAGGUCGUCAAGAAUGUUUCCAAAGUUCUGACCAAAUUGAAAGCGACUCCGAGCCAGGGUUAUAAACGUCUCAUGGACGAAGUUGGGUUAUCCUCUCGGGGAAGCUCUCGUGACCAUCACUCUGGAAGAGAUGGAAGCGCUGGUCAUGGGUCAAAUGGCGAUAAACAGCACCGUCCAACUUCACGUCAAGCCAGCUCCAACUAUCAUAGCCAGUCUGCUGAGAGACAGUUUAGCAACCAAUUCUCGGGAGCCUCGAGUAUCGACGGCGCAAACUAUGUUGGACGUACUUCCGAGCAGCCUUACGAAUAUGCCGCCAAUGGACUCGCCGGACUCAGUGCGGCUAAUGGCAUGAACAACCUUCCAGGUGUCAAUGCUCCUGGUUUUGGCCAGGAGGGUGCGUUACCGUUAACGGCACAGCAUUUGCAAUACCAAGCCUAUCUCCAAGCGCGUAGCGUGCCCCAGACAGGAAUAUACCCAAACACGUUGGGUGGAAAUACCUAUCAAGGCUAUGCUGGCGGUGUGGACAACUUCCGCGGCCAACAGACUGCCGCAGGAGGGCCAAAUGCUAUGCUUAACCAAACUGCCUUUGCACCUCCACAGUUCAGCCCAGUUCUUAACCCUGCUCAAAUGUACCAAUAUUCACCUCAAUACUAUCCACAGGCACAGGCCGUACCCAACCAGGCGGUGGCUGGUCGACGUGGUCGCGUAAGUUCUCAUUUGCUUCCUUAG